AUGUCGUUGGAGAUGUGGGCAGUUGCAGCGGUCGCGAUUGUGGAUUCGGCUGGUACACCGCUUAUUAUUCGAGCAUUUCUUUCUCCUCCGUCUGUUCUUAAUGCUCCUGAAUUUCCCACCCAGGCACAUCUUUAUGUUUGCCCUGAGGAUAUUCUUGAUCUCCAUUUUUUGCUUUUCUCUUCGCUUGAUCGCAGCGAGGAGCUUGUGACUGCCAAAAAACAGCGUAUGCAGGCUACUGUCUCUACGACCACAACUCCGCAGAGUGGAUCUUUAGGAUAUGCACCAACAACUCGGGAUAAUUCAAAAUUACCAGGUAAUGCGGCUGUGAACCCCAAGGAGGAAUCCGACGGGGCUCUGCCCAGGGUGGGGUCCAGCUCUACGCUGGCCCCCACAGGCCUCAAUACGUCUCUUUCAAACACAAUAUCGCCUCGACGCCUGGUGACCUCGUCGACUGACAUUCGCUUUCUGGGGAAGCUCAUCCAUAGCUACCGCUUUCUUUCCUAUGGCUUUUGCUCCGCCACCGGCAUCACCACGCUGCUGGUGACGGUGGGGAGUGAGGCCCCUUCGGAUGCUGUCAUCCCGCUUUGUCGGGCUAUCUACGAGUGCGCUUCGGCCGCGCUGUGCAAUCCAUUUCGCACCUCAGCCCAGUGUUGGUGUGCCCAGCUGAAGCUCCUUGAGGAGAGAUACCCCACCGACGCGAUUUCGCAACGCGAGAGAACGAUAGCUGAGGGUGCAUCAGGUACUGCUGAGGCGGAUUUUGAUAGAGUUAGAAAGUCGGAUCAUCCCGAAGUACCGAAACUUCCGUUAAAGAUAGACCUUGGGUUGCCAUCAUGUAGUCAGGAAUUUACUUGGCCCAGAUCCGCCCCAACUCCGGCUUCAGUUUCACAGGAGCCAACUUUAGCAUUAUCUAAGGCCUUUAAUAGGCAGUUGGAGUCGAUUUUGUCAACUUUCACGGUUACUUCAAGAAGUUGCAUUGUCCAUUGA